CAAUUCAUGCUGAACUAGAAUGCAUAGGACUGGCUCUUUCCAAUGUUAUAGAGAGAUGGAGGAUGCUAAAUUUUCCCUUCCGUGAACUUUUGGACGAAAAUUUUUUAGACAUUGAGCAAUAUUCCAACUUGCUUUUUGACGACGAAAAAUUCACUCGUUCUCGGAAGUAUUUCUGGGCUAUUGGCUGCCUGACAGAAGUCGAUAAUGUCUUAUCUGAUAAUAUUAAGCAAUGGGACAUAUACUAUCAAGAACGCCUACAGCCAUUACUGGAUGACACGGAUAUAAUACACCGAUUAGAUGCCGCAUGUCUGUAUCCACCAGCAGUGUGGGAAACAUCAAGAGGUCAUGAUAUGCUCAAACAGCUCAAGAAAUCAAUCCAGCAAGUGCAAACACAUGUUAACACACUCAAAGAACUACGCAAUGAAUUCAGUAGGAAGUUGGAAACCACAAAAGCUUUGCGUGAUGGGUUGUUCAAUGCUAGUGCACUCGUGGAGAGUAGGGCUUCAACAAGGCUAGGAGAAAACGUCAAACUUUUGACGUAUGUCAGUAUAUUUUAUUUACCUCUUGCUUUCUGUGCGGCGCUCUGGGCUAUCCCAAACAUUCAGGAAAGUUCUACGAAAGGGCCAUUCAUCACCACGACAUUCAUCGUGGGCGCAAUAACUUAUGCGAUUGUCCUUAACAUGGACUUCAUAUCGCAAAAGAUUGAUGCCAAUUAUAACCCUCAACGACAGAGAUUGGUUGACCACAUGCAGAAAGACAAUAGUGAAUGGUGGCGAGAAACUAGAGAGAGAUUCGAAGUGUUCAAACCAACAAAUGAAAGUAAGGUUCCAACGGAAUGGUGGAUACCUAUUUAUUUGGUCAGGAAAAUCUUUCAACGUGGCUUUUGUACAGAACUGACGAGCAAGAAAGAUGAUGAUAAGUCAUUUGCGUGCUCUGAUUCCAACUCCUUUUCCCAGUGCGGUUCAAUCAAAAGAAAUCACAAAAGCUACAAACUCAAGAGUGUGUUUGCGAGGCUUCGCUGGGGCAGAAAACUGGAAGAUGCACCUGUUUGAAUAUGUUUAUGUACCUUUUCACACACUUACUUGACCGGUGGUGGAACUUUACAAGUAAAUGUUGGUGGAUACUCA